AUGCCCAAACUCGAAACGGCUACCGAUACCGAUGGAGUUGCAGGGCCACCUAUCGCAUAUAUGGUUUCGAAGCAGAACGGGACACCCCCGGGACGACAUGGAAAAGCUUCUCAUGCUGCUCAGGGUAUCGCACCAGCAAUGGAUACCGUCGAUGCGCCAGCCGAGCAGGGCCCUGUAUCCACUGAUGCGCACUGGAUUGGCAUGCACUCCCAGCAGCGCAUGUCCAGCACUGGUCAUGAAGCGGAGCCUGGCGGUGCACGCGCUGACAGCAGUCCAAAUGCAUCACUGGGAAACAGAAUGCAAGGGGCGUCCUCGAUGGGGAGUUUUCGGCAGCGCCUCAAGGUCGUCGGAUUCGAACUCGCACCAGACCAAGAAAUGAAGUAUUUUCAGCUUCUUCGAGGCUUCUUCAAAGCGCAGCUUACGAAGAUGGAGUUGCAAGAUGCGCUUCAGGGAAUCUUCUCGACAAGUGAACUGCGUGAGCAUAACAUGUUCCUGCGUGACCUGCAGAGCCGCGCCCUACACGGAGCACAUACAAAUGUGCCGCCGCUGCCGAAUGUAUGGGAGCACAACCGAUCAUCGCGGCAGCGACAGCAGUAUCUAUUGCAGCUGAAACCCUUCAGCAGUUUAGAGGCCGAGCAACUCGCCCGAGCGGAGCAUCGCGGCCGAAGUACGGCGCGGCGACCUGCGAAGCGACGACGCAGUGAGGGCUCCACACCUGUGGCAAACCUUGAUGCUGCCGGAGACGCCGAAACAGCUGAGGUGUCAUCGCACCAUACCGAACUGGUCGCUACCGUACGCAAAAAGGGCACUCGUCCUCGCGUUCGAACUCGCGCCGCUGCAAAUGCCGCUACUACGGACCGGCGAUCCCGCCUUCAUGUUGCUGAGCGCCAAGCAGGAGGCGCGCUUGGCAAGGGUCUGCAAGGCGAAUCUAAUGCCACUGGGACUGUGAGCACCGCGUCCUAUCGUGAUGAGGCCAUAUUCCAACAGGCAACAGCAGAUCUUCGGCAACGGGAGCUUUUGCGCCGAUCGGAGCGCCUCGACGCACCGGCCGUGGCGAACGCAAUGACGGUGGCAAUGGCGAAGCAACGGGGCAUGCCGUUGCGACGAGCUGCCCGCCUCGGGAGCAGCGGGAACGGAAGCGGAGACCCCGGUAGCGUGGGGUAUCCUUCGCUACCAUUCUCGCCGCUUCCACCAGGCCUCAGCUUGGAUAUUGAGAUUUUCCUGAAACUUAAGCGACGUCUCGUGCAGCUGCUCGAAGCUGUGGAGCAGAUGUCUAGCACAAAUACGGGAAACGAAGUCUGGCUUGGGUACGAGUGCGUACCACUCGGGUUUAACGGGAUGCCGCGGUCCGCAUCACGCAACGCUGUUACCGGCAUCCGUGAUGAAGCCGUCGCGCUCCUUGUCCAUAGCAUAGAAAUGCAUGUUCGUGAUCUUUUCGACGUGAUUUAUGGUAUUCCAGACAUUUAUGACGAGGGCGACGCCAGUUCGGAGGCAACGCUGUACCGUCUACGGGCCUAG